CUGACAAUACGACAAAUCUCGAAGCUUUGUUUUAUGCUGUAAAAGCUCGACAAUGGCCGGAUCAACGACCCUCAUCAUUUCUCCCCGGCAAAUCGUCAGUAUCCACGACGCAAUCCGGACCCUCCCUCUAUUUCUUAAUUCAGAAAGCACCAAAAUAUCGCCGGUCAGAAGAAGCAGAAGGAGGAAAAAUCAAACUCGCCUUCGACCAGUUCAAAUUCGAGCUCCGGUCUUGCUGUUCCCUCGAUCAGAUGAAGCCGCGAUUAUGGACGAUCGGCUUGUUGGCGGUGGUGAUGAUCUCGGCCUGUUGCCGAGUCGAAUCGAAGUGUAGCAGGAGCUGCGACGAAGCCCUAGCCUCGUACUACGUUUGGCAGGGCACGAAUUUGUCCUUCAUAAGCCAGGUCUUGUCGGCGUCGGUCGCGGAUAUCCUCAGCUACAACAAGGACACGAUCCCGAACAAAGACAGUGUCCUGUGGGGGACCAGGAUCAACGUCCCCUUCAGCUGCGACUGCAUCAGAGACGAGUUCCUGGGUCACGUGUUCAGCUACUCGGUGGGCGCCGGCGACACUUACGAUGGGGUCGCGCAGGAGUACUACUCGAACCUGACGACCGCCUCGUGGUUGCAGGCGUUCAACUCUUAUCCCGCGACCAAUAUACCGGACAACGCGGUUUUGAAUGUGACCGUUAAUUGUUCGUGCGGGAACAGCUCUGUUUCUAAGGAUUAUGGAUUGUUUAUCACGUAUCCGCUGAGGGAGGGGGACACUCUCGAGUCGGUCGCCCAGGGCGUGAAUUUGACGACCGAUUUGCUGCAGAGCUAUAAUCCUGGUGUGAAUUUUAGCCGAGGGAGUGGUCUGGUGUAUAUUCCUGGGAAAGAUGCUAGUGGAAAUUUUCCAGCUCUGAACCCAAGCACAGCAGGACUAUCAGUUGGAGCAAUUGUUGGCAUAUCUACCGCAGCAGUGGUGGUGUUGUCGUUUUUGGCAUUUUGUCUAUAUGCUGGAAUGUAUCGAAAGAAGAAAAUGAAGGAGGCAAUGUUGCUGACGGGAUCUCAUGAAUUAUCAUCUCAAGCACGGAAUGGAAGUGACUCAGCAAAACCUUCUGAAUCAACUGGUCCAGCUGGUGGUGCUUCAACAGGUCUUACAGGAAUCACUGUGGACAAGUCGGUGGAGUUUUCAUAUGAAGAAUUGGCCAAGGCUACAGACAAUUUUAGCCUGGCUAAUAAAAUUGGGGAAGGUGGCUUCGGAGCUGUCUAUUAUGCUGAAUUGCGAGGCGAGAAGGCUGCAAUUAAGAAGAUGGACAUGCAAGCUUCAAGAGAAUUUCUUGCUGAAUUGAAGGUUCUAACAAAUGUUCAUCACCUUAACCUGGUGCGUUUGAUUGGAUACUGUGUUGAGGGUUCUCUUUUCCUUGUCUACGAGUAUAUUGAGAAUGGAAACUUAAGCCAACACUUGCGUGGCUCAGAUAGGGAACCACUUCUGUGGUCUACCAGGGUUCAGAUUGCCCUUGAUUCUGCAAGAGGUCUUGAAUAUAUCCAUGAGCAUACAGUACCAGUUUAUAUCCAUCGAGACAUUAAAACGGCAAAUAUAUUGAUAGACAAGAAUUUCCAUGCUAAGGUGGCAGAUUUUGGUUUGACAAAAUUGACUGAGGUUGGGAGCGCAUCUCUCCCCACACGACUUGUAGGGACAUUUGGAUACAUGCCGCCCGAAUAUGCCCAGUAUGGCGAUGUCUCUCCUAAAGUUGAUGUGUACGCAUUCGGUGUGGUCCUUUACGAACUUGUUUCUGCCAAGGAGGCUGUAGUCAAGGCAAAUGGUUCUAUUGCUGAAUCAAAGGGCCUCGUUGCUUUGUUUGAAGAGGUUCUUAACCAACCCGAUCCCAAAGAGGACCUUCGCAAGCUUGUUGACCCUAGGCUUGGAGAUAAUUAUCCGCUUGAUUCUGUCCGGAAGAUGGCCCAGCUUGCGAAAGCUUGCACACAAGAGAAUCCUCAACUGCGCCCCAGCAUGAGAUCUAUUGUGGUGGCCCUGAUGACGCUUUCAUCUUCGACGGAGGAUUGGGAUGUUGGCUCCUUCUACGAGAACCACGCUCUGGUGAAUCUAAUGUCUGGAAGGUAGAAAAAUCUCCCCUUUUUACUGGAAUCAUGCAAUUACAUUUUUUAAGCAUUCCUUCCUAUGUAGUAUGUGUAUAUUCAUGUAGUUGGUCAAGGACGAUUUGUAAAUUAUUCUCGUGAGUCUUUCCUUUUCCCUAGAAAGAGAAUUAUUGUGGAGCUAUUUCGACACGCGUUGGUUGUAUGUACGUUCUUCCUUGUAUAUACAUACUCAUACCUUGUCAUGCUACAACAAACAGCAUGAUCGGAUGCCAUAAAAGAAAACCUUUGAAGUGGCA